CCAAGAGACAGCAGAAACGCUAUUAAGCACACUGUGUAUUUUGGCUUCACAACAAAGAUAAUACAGAUUGCAUAAAAGGCACAUGGCUUUUCCAGACAAUACAAGUUGUUUGAAGCAAACAGAUGAAAAUCUCCUUUUUCCUGACAUAAUAGAAUUAAAUGUUGGUGGGCAAGUCUAUAUAACACGUUACCUUACAUUGGUUACCAUUCCUGGAUCACUGCUAUGGGAGAUGUUCUCACAGAAGACUGUCCAGACUUUGGCCAGGGAUAACAAAGGUCGUUUUUUCUUAGAUCGUGAUGGAUUUCUUUUUCGAUACGUGUUAGACUAUUUGAGAGACCAACAACUGUUUCUCCCUGAUCAUUUUCCUGAAAGAAGGCGACUUCAGAGAGAAGCUGAAUACUUUAAACUUCCAGAGUUAGUGAAAAUUCUAGUGGCAAAAGUCAGUAAACAAAACUGUAUUGGCGAUGAGACAUUUCAAAGUUAUGCUGAUACUAAUAUUGGAGUUGACAGGAAUCUGGCAUUUGUUAAUGCACUUGCAACAACUGCUGGAAAUCAGUCAACACUACCGGACCAGCAGUGCUAUGGUUUCAUCUCCAUUGGCUAUCAUGGCUCUUACACAUUGGGCAGAGAAAGUCAAACAGAUGCCAAAUUCAGAAGGGUGGCAAGAAUUAUGGUAUGUGGUAGGACCUCAUUAGCUAAAGAAGUUUUUGGUGAAACACUCAAUGAGAGUAAAGAUCCAUAUCGACCUCCUGAAACAUACACCUCAAGGUACUACCUCAAAUAUAAUUUUUUGGAACAAGCAUUUGAUAAGCUGGCAGAUGCUGGGUUUCAUAUGGUGGCCUGUAACUCUGCUGGAACAUCGGCCUUUGAUCAUACUGAUGACAAGAUCUGGACAUCUUACACUGAAUACAUUUUCUACCGUGCUCCAUGUACUAUAACAGAUGGUGACCAGAGAAAAAAGACACUAGUAAAAGCCAUUCAGAAAACAGGUAAAACAUUUGAGAAAAAUAUUACGGUGACCUAA